AUGGCUACUGACUGGCAACCGGAGUGCCUUGUCACUCAGAACCAGCCAUCACUGGAUCCUGUUGGCGCCCAUUCUGAUCGAGCUUUGCAGAAUACCACUGGGAAUGUCCAGUCUUAUUCAGACCAUUUGGCUCAUGCUGAUAUCGCUGCUCGUGAGGAUCAACUCCAUCAGCUUGGCUUCAAGUAUCCUCCUGCCCCUCACCCUCCUCAACCCUUGUCGGCGCCGUCUAGCUUGCAUCAGCAGCAUGUAGCCGCUCGGCUUCACCAACGGAAGCUUCGCAGACUUCACUCGGUUGGACCCAACUCUCAGUCUCGCCGGGCACGAAGCAGCUACCUCAGGUCCCAGAAGUACUUGGAGUACCGGGAUCGUCCUCGUCGUGAUACCGGGAAAGAUGGAGAGCCAGUGUGGGCUGAUGAGUUGGAGGAUGCUUUCCAGCAAGCCCUCGAAGCAAAUCCUCCCAUGGGUCGGAGAAAGUGGUCCGAACGGGGCAAGUCGUAUGGCCGCAACGAGCUGAUUGCUGAGUACAUUUUCAAAUUGACUGGCAAACGGAGAACUCGUAAGCAGGUGUCAAGCCAUCUGCAGGUCCUCGACUCUUUCUUGAAGGGUGAUCCCGAUUGGGAGCGACUUGUCCGUGAGGCAUCACCAGAGCGAUCAUCGAGUGUGCAUAGCUCAGCACCCGCUCCCAAAUGGAGAACGGCAGUGGAGCACCCAUCGGCGCCCAGCCACUACGGCAAUCAUACGCAGCCAUCAUACCAUGACCACAUGAGAUCCAUGCAGCCAUAUGCCGGAGAUCUCCCACCGCCACACUUUACCCUUGGCUCCAACAUGCAGGAGACUGCUACUAGCUCCAUUCAUGGCUUUAACUUCGACAUGUGGGUCAGCGCUCCGCAGCAAGCCAACCGCAUAGACAAGGCAUUGCAUGCAUACACUCGUCUGCAGGGGAAUUUGCACCACCCCAGUCAACCGCCCAUGGCCCUUGAGAAUUUGAGUGGGUGGCGGUCCUCCUUCCCCCACCUGGCUUCCAUGGUGGAUGACAUCAACAACCCUCUGGACUGUGAGAUCAUCUUCUUAGAAGUGGACCUUCAGCUCAUGAACGACUUCCCUCCCACGGGAUCACGACUGGGAAUCCAGCUUGACCUUGAUUUCGGUCACCCUACUGCUGGCGAUGUGUUGGGAGUCAGCCAGAUGGACAAUUGGACCUGCAGCACGUAUGUCUACGAAGAUAGCCAGAAGAUUCUAGAGUCUUACCACGACCUACCCAAAACCCAGUCAACCAAGGUCAAGCCUCUCUUCGAAUCAUCCUGGUGGGCUCAGAUGUUCACUAGGUUGACUCAAGACAAGCGUAUGGCCGAGGAUUCGGGGAACCCCCAAAAUGCUCGCGAGACUGCCGAGAAUACCCGUCAAUUCUUCCAAUCCUUGUCUGCAGUACAAGAGCUCCGGGCCACCUCGCCUAGCUCUCGCCAUAUUCCUAAUCAAUACCAAGGUCAUCACGGCGAUGAGAGCAAGCGCAUGGCCGUCCUGGUCUGGAAGUUCCGACAAACCGGGCCCGGCGAAGUUGGCACUACUACUUGGAGAAGACUAAUUCCGGCUCCCGAUCGGACUACAACUAACAGUCCGCGCCCAACCACCGGGGUUGAUCUUCCACCCCUUUCCCUGGACUCUAUUCUCCUCAACAAACCGUCCCACCAGGGUGUCUACCACGCCCCUCAGCCUCAUGAUCUCAUCCACCACCCGAGUCAAUCCCACUCACAAUGGCCCAUGUACCAACCAUCCCACGAUAAUGUGGCUAAUCUCUUUAAUUCCUCCAAUCAUCUCGACUUCAUGACUUCUAUCAGCAAAGCCGAAGAUGGACUCAAUGACAAAAUCGCCGUCACCUCUGUGCUGGACUCCUUUUCCACCAGCCUCGCUCCCGAGAGCAUCCCAUCUACAAGCCUGCACGGCUCCAGCGGUGCACCAGUCAUGCUCAAUGUACAUGACAUGCCGCUCUCCCACCCAGGGAUGAAUUACACAAUGGGCCACGAAGCAUCCCACUACGUGCCGCCUCAACAGCACGGCGUGAACAUGCACGAUAGCAACAGUGUGCUCCACGGCUUCUUUGGCUCUAACCCCCAGUCGCUUGAUGAUCUCAGUCAUGGCCAGGCCUCAUGGGGAGCGCACUCCACAUCCAUUCCCGGAGACGUUGGCGCCGGGAGUUACCAUCUUCCCUACCAGGCGGAGCACCAUGGACCGUCACGCGACUCGCAGCCACACCAUUUCGACAAUCUCUUGCCAUCGGAGGACCUAAUGGAUAAGAUUGUCGGCCGCAUGUCUAAUGGUCCCAGCAUGCAUGGGGCGGGCCCUGAUGCGGGUGCGGGCUAUGAUAACGCCACGGUGGAUGCAGUAUAA